AUGGAGAAUCCGACUCAACACAGCGAGUCCGCGAUACCCGCAGAGCAACGGUCAAGCCGAGGCAUCCAACAAGAUCAUAAUCGACGGUUUGAAGAAACGCCUCGACUUGAAAAAGGAUGCUGGGCCGAUGAACUUGACGGUGUUCUCUGGUCACAUAGAACAACUCCUCGAGGAGCAACGAAAUCAACUCCUUUCUCAAUGGCACACGGAGUCGAAGCUAUGGCCCCCGCCGAAAUGAACGUAACCAGUCUACGACGGUCAAGAAUGCCGCAGAACAUUGAACUCAACAGCGACAUUCUCUUCGACGCUCUGGACGCUAUAGAAGAGCGCCGCGACCAAGCCCUGCUCCGCAUCCAGAAUUAUCAGCAUCAGAUCGAAAGCUACUACAAAAAGAAGGUCAAGUCUCGACCUCUCGAACUGGGCGAUAUAGUGCUCCGCAAAGUGUUCGAAAACACUUGGGAGUUGAAUGCAGGCAAGCUCGGAACGAACUGGGAAGGGCCUUAUAAAAUUGCUCAAGUCGUUAAACCAGGAGUCUACCGACUCGAGACGUCGACUGGCGAACCCCUCCCUAGAGCAUGGAACUCCAUGCACCUCCGAAGAUACCACUCUUGA